AGCUUUUUUUGGGUUAAGAGUCUUUAAAAAGCUGCUCAAACGUUAGAACCUGCCUUUUACAACGGAUUUCAUCAUGGUGGUUGGUCGGGUCCACAUAAGGACAGGGCUACUGUUAGCCUGCUUCCUCUUUCUCUCUGUUUCUGGACAAGGCUCAGGACCAUAUUUCAUGGUGACAUUUCCUGCUGUAAUUGAGGCUGGCUCUGAUGCUAAAUUGUGUGCAAGUCUUCUGAAGCCUAAUGAGACUCUGCAAAUGAACAUCCUUCUGGUUCACAACAACCAGAGCAGAACUCUUUUACAAGAAACAGUGGAAAAGGACUUUCACCACUGCUUUAAUUUUCAGGCUCCAAAUGUUAAAGGUGAAUCAAUGCAGGAGAUCAAAGUAGAAGUCAAAGGGGAAAGUUUUAAGAUGACAGAUAAAAGGAAAGUGAUGUUUAAAUCCUACAACACACUGGUAUUUAUUCAGACUGAUAAACCCAUCUACAAUCCAGGCCAAACAGUGAAUUUCAGAAUUGUCAGUAUGGAUUCUAAUUUUAUUCCCCUUGAACAAAAGUACAGCUCAGUAAUUCUUGAGGAUAAUCGUCAUAACAGGAUUGGUCAGUGGAUGAACGUGUCCUCCAAAGGUUUGAUACUGCAGCUUUCUCACGAGCUAAAUGCUGAAGCUCCACAGGGACAAUAUAAACUAACUGCUAAAAUAGAAAAAAGGGAGAUCUCAGAUUUCUUUAAGGUGGAAAAGUAUGUUUUACCCAAGUUUGAGAUUACAGUGAAAACACCAAAAGAGCACAGUGUUGUAGAGGAAGAACUGAAGCUGGAGAUUUGUGGAAAGUACACUUAUGGACAGCCAGUACCUGGUGAAGCACACGUGCAAGUGUGUCGUAAAUUUAUGCAGAAUUAUUAUUACCAUCAGAACGCUCCAAUGAUUUCACCAUGCUUGGUUGAUACAGUAAAGAUGAGUCAGAAUGGUUGUGCCGUUCAUAUACUGAAUGUGUCAACUUUUAUGAAUUCUGAAUUUGAAGAUAAUCUUGAAAACAAUCUUAAUGUUACUGUUACACUGACAGAGGAAGGAACAGAAUUUUCCAUGGUAAAAUCUGAAAUCAUAUCACUCACAUACCUAAUUGGUAAAGUGGAACUUGUGGAUUUACCAAAAACCUUUGAACGGGAGAAACUUAUAGAAGGAAAAAUUAAAGUUACUACCUACAGUGGAACACCAAUUCCUAACAAGAAAGUGUAUCUUUUAGAAGGUCACUGGUUUUUUACGAAGAUAAUGCUCAAUCUCACUACAGAUAGUAAUGGAUUAGCAAACUUCUCAUUUGCAUCGCCUGAACAUCCUGAAACAGAGAUACUGUUGAGGGCAAGUGUCUAUACAGAGCAUACAGAUAUAUACAAAAAACCAUUCUUUUCAUCUGCGGACACACAUAUACAGCUGCUCCAACCUGCUACACCUUACAGUCCAGUGUACAGUGAACUGUCAAUAGAGAGCUCAGAAGAACCAUUUAAAUGUGGUGCUGAAAUUCCCAUAACAAUUAACUACUAUAUUGUCGGGGAAACUACUGAAAGUUACAGUAUUGAUAUUAUAUACAUGGUCUUGUCUAAAGGAGCCAUAGUCCAUCAUGGGCAUGAGACAGUUGAAGUAGAAGCAUCUACAGAUCUCAGAAAAGGAAAAAUCUCAUUUAAACUAUCUGUUCUUGCUGAGCUGGCUCCUGUAGUGCAGGUUGUGGCGUACUCUGUCCUGCCCAGUGAGAACAUCAUUGCAGCUAGUAGGAACUUUGAUGUGGAAAAGUGUUUCAGAAAUAAGGUUGCGCUACAGUUCUCUCCCUCUAAAGCAGUUCCAGGUGAGAAGAACACUCUUGAGGUCUCAGCUCAUCCUGGUUCACUUUGUGGCCUCAGUGCUAUAGAUCAGAGUGUGUUAAUCUUGGAGUCCAACAAACGGCUAGACACUGACAAGAUAUUUAAUUUGUUGCCAGUGAAAUGGUUGUCAGAAUAUUCAUAUGGGCUUGAAGAUGCUCAAGGCUGCUUGCAUGUAAGACCUCGACGGGAUGUGUCGCUUGACCUUGCUUACAAUACAUUAAAGGGAGCAGGUCUGAAGAUGGCAACAAAUUUGGCUGUUAGACACCCUGAAUGUUUGAUGUACAAAGGGGUGCAAUAUCACAAAUUGCAAUAUGCAUAUGAUGUUGCAUACAUGGCAAGAGGUGGUCCUGGUCUUGGUGGAGCAGGUAUAGGUUUUUCACCAGAAGGUUUUGAACCCAUUGAGACAGUUCGCAAUUUCUUCCCAGAAACUUGGAUAUGGGAAUUGUCUGAAGUGGGGGACUCUGGAACUGUACAGCUUCCACUCAAUGUUCCUGACACCAUCACCACCUGGGAGACUGAGGCUUUCUGCGUGUCCUCUAUAGGUCUGGGUCUCGCUCCUCCUGUUCAGCUCACUGUGUUUCAGCCCUUCUUCCUGGAGCUCUCGUUGCCCUACUCCAUUAUCCGGGGAGAGGUUUUUGAGCUGAAGGCCACCGUCUUUAAUUAUCUUUCCAAAUGCAUUAUGGUUAAAGUGACUCCAGCCCCUUCCUCAGACUACACUCUGGAAAAAUCUUCUGAUGGCGAGUAUUCAUCCUGUCUGUGUGCAAAUGGAAGAAAGACCUUCAAAUGGACUCUGAUUCCCUCUGUGCUUGGUGUCAUGAAUGUGACAGUGAGUGCAGAAGCAGAACAAUCUCAGACUGUGUGUGAUAAUGAGAUUGUGAGUGUUCCAGAGAGAGGCCGUAUUGACACAGUUACACGAAGCCUCAUUGUAAAGGCUGAAGGAACUGAGAAAACAAAGAGCCAGAGUUGGUUAUUAUGCCCACAAGGCAACAGUGUUUCAGAAGAGCUGGAGCUGAGUCUUCCUGAGGAUGUAAUAGAGGGAUCAGCACAAGCUUCUGUUUCAGUGCUUGGAGACAUACUUGGCCGUGCAUUAAAAAAUCUGAAUGGACUCCUAAGGAUGCCAUAUGGCUGUGGGGAACAAAACAUUGCUCUUCUCGCCCCAAAUAUCUACAUUCUUCAGUAUCUAGAGAACACUGAGCAGCUCACCACAGAUAUCCGUGAGAAGGCUACUGGUUUCCUAAAGAGUGGAUACCAGAGGCAACUUAACUAUAAACAUAUAAAUGGGGCAUAUAGCACUUUUGGCAGGGGAUCAGGGAACACGUGGUUAACUGCUUUUGUCUUGAGGACGUUUGGCAAAGCACAACGUUACAUCUUUAUUGAUCCAGAAAUAAUUAACAGUGCAAAGAAUUGGCUCAUACAAAUGCAGGGAACAGAUGGAUGUUUUAUACAACAGGGAAAUCUGUUCAAUAACAGAAUGAAGGGUGGUGUAAAUGACCAUGUGACUAUUACCGCCUACAUCACUGCAUCAUUGCUAGAAUUGGGGAAUACAGUCCAGAAUCCUGUUGUACAAAAUGGAUUAUUGUGCCUCAAAUCUUCUAUUGGUAACCUGACAAACACCUACACCACUGCACUGUUGGCCUACACUUUCAGUCUUGCAGGAGAGAAUGAAACUCGCGAACAUCUACUAAAAGAGUUGGAUAAUGUUGCCAUUUCAGGAGAUGGUCGUCUUCACUGGUCUCAGUCAGCAUUAGAUGAUUCCAGCUCAUUGUCAGUGGAAAUCAGUUCCUACGUGCUCCUAGCUGUUCUCACUACAGGUCAACUCACUGCUGCUGAUUUGGGUUAUGCUAAUAGGAUAGUCAGCUGGCUCGUGAAGCAGCAAAAUCCCUAUGGAGGCUUCUCAUCCACCCAGGACACAGUCGUGGCCCUCCAAGCUCUGGCUCUGUACUCCACUAAAGUGUUCAGCUCAGAAGGCUCUAGCACAGUAACUGUAAAGUCUGCAGAUGGACACAGUCACAACUUUGAUGUGAAUCAGAACAACAAGUUACUGUACCAAGAAAGAUCAUUGCAGGAUGUUCCUGGUAAAUACAGCAUUGAUGUGAAGGGCUCCACCUGUGUGUCAGUGCAGACAUCACUUUUCUACAAUGUCCCGACACCUACUGAAAUCAGUACACUGAGCAUUACAGCAAAGACCGAGGGAAACUGCACAAAAUCAUUUAGACCCACUUUGUCUCUGAAGUUCACUGUUGGAUAUAAUGGAGCACUAAACAGCACUAACAUGAUCAUAGUGGACAUAAAACUCUUAUCAGGGUUCACAGCGGAUCGUGCUGAACUGAAAAAGGGAUUUUUGGUUGAACGGGUUGAUUCUAAAGAUGACCAUAUUAUCAUGUAUAUCAAAGAGCUACAAAAGAAUAUCCCUAUAAAAUAUGAGCUUCACACUAAGCAGGUGCUUCCUGUCAAGAAUCUCAAGCCAGCAGUGAUCAAAGUUUACGAUUAUUACCAAACAAGUGACGAGUCUGAGACAGAGUACACCUCUCCCUGUGUGUAGGGUUUUACAUUUGGACAGAAGAUGCAGAAAAAUCCUUUGCCUAUCUUCUAUAUGAUGGUUUUUGUUUUUGAAGAAUUUUUGUUGUUGAAAUAAAAAUACCAUUUAAACUCUU